GUGAAUCUUUUUCAACGCUUUUCAAGAGUUCACCUGAUGAAAUGGUCCAGACAUCCAAAAGCCCCUGAUUGAAAAACCAUGGAGGAUUCAGGAAUUUAGUGUAAAUGUAAAGAAUAAACUUCUAGAUGAAAUUCGAAAAUACCAGACUGUGACAGAGUUGGUGGAGGAGCCCAGAAUCCUCCUGAUUGGACAGAUUGGAUGUGGUAAAAGCAGCUUCUUCAACUCGGUGAACAGCGUCUUCAGAGGUUAUGUCAUGCGACAGGCCACAGCUGGGUUUGGAGACACCAGUGUAAGCAACCUGUUCAAUCCCAAAGCACCAAUUUCAGAUAAAUUCAAAUGCUACAGAGAGAAGCCCACACUGGCUGAAAGGUGCACUGCAUUGUCUAUGUUGUGGAAGCAAGCAAAGUCAGCCUCAUUAGUCAAGUUCUGUUGCAGAAGUUUAAGUUCGUCCAGUCCAACAUGAACAACAGGGGGAUUCCUCAGCUUGUGAUAGUCACUAAGAUAGACGAUGCCUGUGCAGAAGUUGCAAAUGACCUGACCAAAGUGUACCAAAGCCGCUACAUUUAUGAGAAGGUAACUCAACUGGCACAGGUGUUGGGAGUUCCCCCCUCUGCUAUCUCCCUGGUUAAGAACUACGCUGUAGAUUUCGAGCUCAAUCUCAAUAUGGACGUCUUGAUCCUGACGGCCCUCCAGCAGAUGUUGAGAGCUGUUGAUGCCUGCUUAGAUGAAAUGAAGCAGAGAGGCCUCAUUCAGGAGGGCAGCUCUUAGUAUUUUUAGUCAGUGGUAGUCCAGCAGUUUCCUUUUUACUCUUCAUUCAUUUUAUUUUUCUAAAAUGGUGCAGAUUAAUGUGAACUUCAAUCACAAAGGCUACAUUUUGAUUUUGCUUUACUGCCUGCGCUUGUUAAUUUGAGAAAAUGUUUUAUUUUUAGCAAACAUGGUGGCCUGGUUAGUACCCGACAUUUCAUCUUGUCUCUUGUCUUACCCUUGAUUGUGACAGUGGACAUAGCAAACUUUGAUCUUCAUUUAAUCCAAAUCUGUCAAUAAAGGUCAUGUAAUGUAGGAAACAUCAGGCCCCUUUACAUUUUCAGUUAAUUGUAUAAUUUAAAUAAAAAGAAAUGCAGAUUUUA